AUGUCCGACCAGUCGCGUGCUUCUGCGAAUGCCGAAGAGGAGCGCGCGGGAAGUUCGACCGGCUCGACACAAGAGAAACUUGACACCACGACAGAAAAGGAACAACACGAGCAGGAACAGGACACAGUGGAAAAGAAAGAGGAGGAAGAAUCACAGCACGGCCAACCCGAAGAAGGAGAAGACACAGCUUCUGCACCCCCGUUACCCGACGAGGUCCCCCCACCACUCCCCGACGAAGCACCGCCUGGCCAGCUCAGUGACGAUGGAUGGGAGCCCGUAUGGGAUGCCACUGUACAAGCAUACUAUUUCUACAACCGGCUCACAGGGCUCUCACAAUGGGAGAACCCUCGCGUGCCCGAACAACCAGCAGCUCCUGGCACAGAACCCACCGAGAAUCAAGCAGAACCUCCGAGACCAAAGUCGCCUGUGCUCGGUGGUUAUAACCCCGCUAUCCACGGAAGUUAUGACCCAACAGCAUCAUAUGCGCAGCAAUACGAAGAGCCAAAAGAUCUGAAUGCACCCGUGGUUGACCCGGCUGCUGCUUAUGCUGCCGCUGGAACCUUCAACCGGUUUACUGGUCGAUGGCAGGCACAGUCGAUCAACCCGGAGAACCACAACGACGAGAACAAGUCCCACCGCCAGAUGAAUGCGUACUUUGACGUCGAUGCUGCGGCUAAUGCACACGAUGGUCGGAGUCUGCGCGCUGAGCGGAGCGCUAAGAAAUUGACCAAGAAAGAGCUGAAGGAGUUCAAGGAGAAGCGCCGGGAGAAGAAGGAGGAGAAGCGGAGAGCAUGGCUACGGGAUUGA